UCAGAUUGUGAGAGUCUUUGCUAGAGGUGAGAAGUAUGCAUUGGGCUCAAGUCGAAAAGGUGUUAGCUCCAAUGGGCUAGAUCGGCCCAUCAACUUCACAAAACCUGCCUUUGGGAUUGGGCCGGGCUCCGAGCAGAAACGGAACGGAACGGAGAAAGGAAAGAAGAGGGCGAGGCUAACGGCGAUGACUUCAGUCUUCCCAGGAGCACAGCUGUACAUGGGAAAGGGGGCGGAGUCGCGGAGAGGGGAGGGGAACGAAACGAAUCAGGCGGAAGCAAGCAUGGCGUCCUCGCCGCAGCAAGGCCAAGCCCAAGGCGGCGGCGGAGGCUGGACGGCGGAGCAGUUCUGGUCGCUGCUGGACAAGGCGGACCGUCGCUUCGCCCGCGUGCGGGACCUGCCCCUCUUCGGCCGCCACGAGCCCGAGGAGUACGGCAAGGCCUUCCGCAUCUACACCCAGCUGUGGCGCAUGCAGCAGGAGCACCGCCACCGCCUCCUCGACGCCGGCCUCCGCCGCUGGCAGGUCGGCGAGAUCGCCGCCCGCAUCGCCCACCUCUACUACUCGCAGUACCAGCGAACCUCCGACACCGCCCUCCUCUCCGAGGCCUUCGUCUUCUACCACGCCGUCCUCGACCGCGCCUACUUCCUCGAUGACCAUCUCGGGGGCCCCACCAAGCACCUCCGAUUCCUCGCCAGGUUCCUCCUCGUCGCGCUUCUCCUCGCUCGCCGCGCGCACACUGUCCCGCGCCUCGCCACCAACAUCCGCGCGCUCCUCGAUGAGUCCAAGAAGACCCUCCAGGAAGCCGAAUACAAGGAGUGGAAGCAUGUUGUGCAAGAAAUCUCGAGGUUUCUAAGGGCGGACUCGUCCUUCAUGAACAUGAGACCACUCAGGUACAGCUACGCAUUUGAUCAUCCUCCGGAUACUCUUCCUACCAUCCCACCUACGGUCAAGAAGCGUGGUCUGCUUUUAAGUGAUGCCAUACUGUGCAGCUACUAUCAUAACGAGGUCAAAUAUACAGACCUCACUAUAGACACAUUUAGAAUGCUUCAGUGCCUUGAGUGGGAACCAUGUGGUUCCUUUGCGCUAGACAAUGGUUACAGUGCCCACGAUGAAAGCGGGCAAAAUCACCCUAAUCUCUUAAAAGAUCUGAGAGAUGCCGCAUUGCCUCCAAACCCGUUGAAAACAGUUCUAUACCGCCCAUCAGUGACGCAUUUCCUAACAGUCCUGGCCACCAAAUGUGAGGAGCUCCCAUCGAAUGGUAUGAUGUUAAUAUAUCUUUCAGCUGCAGGUGAGGUGGGAUCUUCUGGAUUUGGUCCCGACACAAGCGAAAGGGUUGUGAGCAGUUUUAAUAAGUUUGACAUAUCUAAUACUAGGCCCAUCAAUUCAAAAGAAGAUAAUGAACCAUGCCUUUGGUUAGGUUGCCGUGAAAGUGAAGGCUCAAACUGCAUAUACCCUUGUGAUCUGAUCCCAUUUACAAGGAGACCUCUCUUUUUGGUGAUUGACAGCAGCGUCAGCUCUACAUUUAAGUCAAUUCAUGGAACUGAAAAGGGGGAGGCAACUGCCAUGUUACUUUCUCCGAGCUCCCGAUCUUCCUCCGUAGGAUUCAGUGGGGACUCUACUCGGCAGAGUGGUAGUCAAUUUACUAUGUUUCUCACAGCUCCAUUGCAAGCAUUCUGCUUUGUUAUCGGCAAUAAUGGACUCGAUAUUGACAGGGAUUUUUAUAACAAAGCUGAGGAACUAUUAUCCUUGUCCCUGAAUGAAUGGGCCAUGACUUUGGUUGCAUCAACUUCACUUUUACCUGUUUGGAUUGAAGUUUUAGGUGAUCCACUCCUGAGACGGCUGCUUCUCAGGUUUAUCUUCUGCCGAGCCACACUUUCACUGUUAAAAGCGAGCAACGAUAAGGUGGAAUGCCUACCAAGCUGCGUCCCUCCUUUGCCCGAGUCAGUUGGGGAAGAAAGCAUGCUCUCCCAGUGCUGCGUGAUGCGAGUGGCUUCUUUCUUUGGUGCCACCGACCAAUUCUCAUUUUCUGAGGUGACUACAUGGCCUGACAUUGAGGACGCCACCAGCAGUGGAGGCGCUGGCAAAGAAUUAUGAGAAGAUACAUUGUCAUCUCAUGGAACCUCUCCCCUCCUUGUAGACAGCUGCUGUUUGCUCUCCGCAUUUCUUCCUCCCUUUACAUAUACAUACUGUUUGCUAGUAACAGUUGUUGAUUCAUGGGUUUUUCUUUUCUUUUUUAUGAGAUUGUUGUUAAUUUGUGAGUUGCCGUGAUACAAAAGUAAAGUAUAGCGCUACCCACCCUAGCUACUGCCCAGACAUGUAAUGAUACUCACAAAUCAACCAAUUCAUUGGUUUA